GUGAUGUGGACGGGAGCAGACAUGGCAGCCGUGGGAGAACUGGUGCUGGUACUGGGCUUACUGGUGAGCGCUCGCUGUGAGGUGAGAGCACGAGACCCCGAGGUGGAGGAGGAGGAGGAGGAGCUGGGAGGAAGAGCAGCAGCACAUGGAGGAGGAGGAGGAGGAGGAGCAGCGUUCCCCCCUCACCUCGAGAGGUUCCACCCCGGGCCGACAGAGACCCCCCCACUGCGAGAGAGAGGGAGCUACCCAGCCCGAUCCGGGAACUGGUGUGCGUUCGUGCAGAACCGCGUGGUUACCGUGGCCAUGGAGUGCGGAACAGAGAAGUACACCAUCAAGUCUCGGAGUCCGUGUCCGAGCGGGACGCCCGACUGUGAAUUGGUCAUGUACAAGCUGGCCACCCGGCCGGUGUACAGGCAGAAGCAGAAGACCUUCACCGCCCUGCUGUGGCGCUGCUGUCCGGGACACGGAGGAAACAACUGUGAGGACACAGUCCCUGACGCGCAGCUGGAUUCUGGAAGCUCGGCUCUGGGUGGACGAUCUGAAACGGCGAGAACAGACGUCCAGCAGCUGCAGCGUGGCGACCCGAACCGCGAACAGAACGACCACCAGGCGUCCACCAGCGCGCUGUAUGACUCAAACAACCAGCGCAACUCCAGCCACCCCGCCCUGGACCCAGGCCACGUCCAUAACCCCCAUCACACACCACAUCACGCUGCCGACACGCACCACCACCACCAGCAGGAGGAACACCACCUUCCUGCUGUAGAUGGGGUGGACGCCGCUGCCGCCUUCCCGUACCCGCAAGCCCCCGCUGCCCUCCCCGUUCCCCACAUGAUGGCCCUGGUCAUGUCCCAGCUGCAGCCGGUCCUGGAGGGUUUCAACCGCUCACUGGAGCACCUGAGCCGGCAGGUAGGGGACCUGGCCCGUGACGUGGCCCAGCUGAAGAGCAGCCAGCUGAGUGCGGAGGCGGAGCUGCAGGCAGGGCCCGCGGACGGCCCCGACGAGCUUGACGAGGCAACGGAGGAGCGCUUGGAUACCAAACUGCAUGAGGUGUCUGAGCAGGUCAGGGAGGUCCGGAGGCAGAUGGAGAACCAGCGGGCAGACAUGGAGUACAGGCUGCACUCCCAGCAUGCAAUGCUGCACUACAACCUCACCAGCUUUAAGACGGACAUCGACAUGAAGCUGAAACGCCACAACAAGAUGCUGCAGGUCAGCCUGCAGGCCAUGAACGCCACGCUGGCUGAGCUGAAGCUGGAACAGGAUCAGACCCCUGAGGAUCAGCUGGAGCACCACCUCCCUCCUCCCACUCAGUCUCCCCCCCGCCUGCCGCCGCCGCAGCCCUCAGACACCUCGGCGCUCUGGGAGGCCAUCGAACGCCUGGACAACAUGGUGGUCAACAACACAGUGAAGCUCGGCGGGCUGAUGGAGGACGUGGAGGUGACCUCGGGGAAUGUCCAGCAGCUGAAGCGGAACUAUAAGGAGCUCGAGAAGCAGAUCAAUAGCACGGCCCGGACCAGUCAGGUCCAGUUCAUGGAAACAGGGCUGGAGGUGGAGGCGGCGAGGGAGGUGGUGCUGAGGCAGGUGGGCGAGCUGGCGGGGAACCUGAGUCAGCAGGACCAACGGCUGCAGGACAUGGAAGACGACAUGGACAAUCUGUACAUCGCCCUCAACAAGCACAACACCGGGGACUGCGACUGCAAGGGGCUGAUGGCCGCCGUGGCGCGACUGGAGAGGGGCGUGGCCAAUGUGACAGAGCUGACCAACGAGAACCGAUUAGCCCUGGAGAACAGCGAGGGAGGGGAGGGGCAGUGGGCCGGGGCCAGCGACUGGGAGCCGGCAGUGGAGACGCUCCAAUAUGGCCUCCAGCAGGUGAAGGAGUCUCUGAACACGGAGCAGACCAGGACCGGGGCCCUGAACCGCAGCCUGUCCCAGCUGAGCAGCUCGGCGGUGGGUCUGGCCGAGGUCUCCGGGCUGAAGGAGACCGACAGGCGGCUGUUGGCGGAGAUGCAGCACCUGUCCGGCUCCUUUAACUCUCUGCUGAAAGACGCCAUCCGACACAGCGACGUGCUGGAGCUGCUGCUCGGGGAGGAGGUGCUGGAGUUCCUGGAGUGGCCCGUCCAGGACCAGGCCCACUCCAUCCCGGCCCUGAAGGAGCAGCUGAGGCACCUGCAGGAGCAGCUGAGAGGACACAACCUGAGCAUCACGUCCCUGCUGGGCAACAGGCCAGGAGCCAGAGAGGAGGUUCCAUCUGCUGACCAGCCCUCCUCCCACCUCCUCACUGACGACUGGCUCCCGACUGGCAGCGUGAGGAGGAGCAGCAGCGGAGUAGCAUCCAGGGAGCGUCAGGUCCUCCUCCAGCCCGAGGGGAGGCGUCCGGAGCACGGAGGAGACGGCAGCGAUCUGUGGAACCUGGAGAGAGCCGUGGAGGAGCUGGAGCUGAAGGUGCUCCGGCUGGAGGAGAAACUCAGCAACACUUCUGCAGAGAGAGAGGCGGCGGCCGGCGGCGUGGAAGCCAAACUGCAGGCGGAGGUGAAGUGGCUGAAGAGAGGGCUGGAGGAACAUCUGAGGGUGUUCAAGAACGUCUUCAGUAAUGCUGAAGUGCUGGCGGGAUCUGACGCCACGCUGGAGCUCGAUAAACUGUGGCAGCUGGUGAAGGACAAAGACGGGAAGAAAGAGAAGAAGAAGCGAGGAGGCGGAAACCAUCGAAGCAGGAGGGAGUCAUCAGGUGUUGCUCCUGUCCCGUCCAGCCUAUCAGAGGCCGGAUCCCCCCUGAGCGUCUCGACCGGCGUCAUCGUGUUAGAAGCAUCUCUGAACCGGGGUCAGUUUUUCUCCGACGCCGGCACCUUCACGGCUCCCGUGAGCGGGAUCUACCUGUUCGUCCUCACCUUGGACCUGAGGCCGGGCCCCGCCCACGUGGUCCUGAGGAGGGGGUCUGGCGGGGGUCUGGCGUCUGUACACCGACAGGAGGCGGUGGAGCCGGGACCGGUCACCGGCGUGGGCCUCCUGCAGCUGAGCGAGGGGGAGGAGGUGCGGCUGGAACUGAAGGGAGGUGCGUGGGCGGAGUCAGAGGACAAUGUGUUCACCGUGCUGCUGCUCCACCGGACCACCUGAGGGCGCUGUGGACCAAUCAGCUGACAGCUGGAGGAAAGACGCUGAUCAGAGACUCUGGGAGGGGCGGAGUCAGAAUUUGUUUUAAAAAUGAGAAUUUAACAUUCGCUGGAUUCCAGCCGGUGGAGGCGUUAAUCCAAAGCCCCUUACAGUAUCACCGAGGUUUACUUGUGUUGCGUCCGGAGGGAUUCAAACCCUCAAACCACCAGUCAGUUCUGAUAAAUCUGGGAACUGCAGGUCAGAGUCUGAGCUCCACAAACGUCUCAGGCUGGACCUCCAACUCGACAACAAGAAGAGGUCAAAAACACGCAAACCGAGAUGAAACUGACCUUCAAGUGAAGACCCAAAUUAAAGCAGGAGUUUCAGUGUCUUUGUGUUCAAACACAGCGCUGGAGCGAGGAAGUUAGCAGCCUAGCUUAGCAUAAAGACUAGAAGCAGGUGGAAACAGCUAGCCUGGUGCAAACUACUAAAACACACCGACAAACCGUUGUUCGAACUGUAAGCUAACGCAGCAGUUUGUGGUUUUAGUGGGAGUUACUUUGAUGCCCUGAACAUCAAGCAGCAUUUCCGUCAUUGUUGGUUUGGUUUUCAGUCACUGCACCAACAUGAAAACACUUCCAGCAUGCAACUUCCCCUGAAACCACAAACUGAGGUUUAAUCUGUACACUAACAGCAAAGCAGAGCAACACGUUAGUGAUCUUGGUUGGUGGAUGUUUUGCCACGGGGCAGAGCCAGGUUAGCGGUUUCCAGCCUUUAUGCUAAGCUAGGCUAACCACGUCCUGACUCCUGCUCCAAAAACCCAAAGCAAUGACGUUAUUUAGUGAAUCUCCAAUCUGCUAACUUACAAAAAGAACCGUUACCACGAUUAGUCACCAGUGCUCCUCAGUAAACCGCACAGACCGCUGCCCAGAGAAGUGGACCCACAAUGCCUCGCUCUACUUGCAACACAACAAGCUUUCAGCCAUCAAGAGUAUUUGAUUGAUCCGGUUACUCAGCUCUGACAGGAUGUGCCGUCGACCCUGCUGUGUCACUUUAACAUUCUUUAUCUUCAGAAAAAACCUGACCACAGACGUUUUCUGUGUGAAGAGGGGAAAAGGACAAAGUAGAAAGGUUCAAGUCUUUACGUCCUCUGUCUUUGAAGGGAUUCUUUUUACUUUGCAUACUGAAAAUAUUUUGUAAAGUCGCCUGUAUCUGUAAUGUUUGUAAAGUACCAGUAUCGUUACGUAAACACACACAGAGCAGAAUAUAUUUAUCUAACAGCUGAGCCGCAUGUUGGAGCAGAAGGUGAAUGUGUUUAUCUAAAGAGUCACCAGGCUGUAACUUAAAACAGUUUGUAUGAUGUUACAACACUGCAAACACACACGAGAUUUAUUUCCUGCUUUCUCUUAUUUUUUCAGGGGUUUAUGACGCAUUAAACUCAUAUUAUUAUUAUUUUA